CAUCAUCAUAGAUCAACAUUAAAACAAAAGAAUAAAUCUUUCAAAUCUAGACAUGCAUCAAAAGGAUCAAUAAAAACUGCAGCAAAAGGAAGACAAGAAUCAGUCACUUCUCGUGUUUCCUCUCAUAAGAGUUCGCCUUUAUCACUUCAUAACGCCGCAGGAAGUGCACAAGCAAGAAGAAAUCAUGCAAAACAAAUUCAAUUACAAAAAAGACAAGCAAUCGUUGAUGCAAAUCGAAUCUUUCGCAGUAAUGGACAUGCCGGAUCCAAUCAAGCUGGACUCAAUUCCGGCCUUGCAAAUGGUUUGGCUGGAAGCAGCUCAGGCGGCGCACCUCGCAUCGUCGUCGUUUGCUCACUCACACAAGAUGUGGACAGCUGGUCUGCUAUCGAAGCAUUAGAGAAAGAAGGUGAAGAAGGAGGUGUAAAACCUGUUGCAGGACGUAGCACACAAGAAAUGCGCUCGAAAGGACAAACAUUUGUCGAAUUGAAUCUCACCCGUCACCGUGCCACAUUACAACUACAUCCUCUACCUUAUGGAGCCCUUUAUUCCCUUUUAGACGCUUGCAAAGCAGCCGAUUUCGUGUUACUGGUUUUAUCCCCUUCAACUUCCAUCGAACCUGGAUCAUGGGGAGAAUUGGCAAUGAGAACUCUUCAAGCUCAAGGUUUGCCAACUGUGAUGGCAGGUUGCCCAUCCUUACAACAACAAGAUGAAAAUGGAGCUGCUUCGAGCAAGAAAGUAUCGGCAAAAGGUGCAAAUGAGAUCAGAAAAUCGCUUUUGAGCUUUACAAGAUAUUUCGCACCUGAAGUAGAAAAGCUUUACGUCUUUGAAGAUCGAAACGAAAGAGGAGCUCUGUUGCGCAGUAUGGCAACCAGCACGCCUAGACGGGUGGCUUGGCGAGAUUUCCGAUCGUGGCUUGUUUCUGAAGAAGCAGAAUGGACCUCAUCAUCGGCAAGCGCAGAAGAAGAGACAGGUACACUCAAGUUGACCGGUUGGGUUCGAGGAGCACCCAUGUCAGCAAACAGGCUUGUUCAUAUUCCUGAUUUUGGUGAUUAUGCAGUGGAACGAAUCACAGCAGCAAGGCGUGUAGACGAACAAGACAAAAGAAGAAAGAACAAGAAUGGUUUCGCACCAGAAGUAGAAAUGGACACUGCAGCUGCAGAGCCUGAAUUGCUAGAAGAGCGUGAUGUUGAAAUUGCAGAUGAAUUAGUCAGCGAGAACGAGGUAGAUGAUAUGGACAACGAACAAACAUGGCCCACACAGGAAGAAUUGGCUAAUGGCGAGGCCAAUGAGCUUGCAAAUGGUGAAGCUCAGCUACCGCCUGCUGUUCCUGGUACAACACCAGCACGUAUCAUCAAAGAGGGAGGUGCAAAGAGAAGGUAUGGUGCUAAUUGGAUCAUGGAAGAUGACGCAGAGGAAGAGGAGGGUGAUAGUCAAAUGGACGAAAGUGGAGAUGAAGAAGUCUCUGACGGAUUACCAGAAGAUGGUUUCGAUGAAGGGGAUGACAUGAUGACCAACAGACGGGGAGACGAUGAAGAUGACGAAUACGACGAAGAAUUCGAAGCACAAGAACUUGCAGCAUACAAGGAAAAGAUGGCAGAAGAAAGAAAACGUGACAAAGAAGAACAAACACAACGUGAGUUCCCCGAUGAAGUGGACACACCUCUUGAGAUACCCGCUCGUGUUCGCUUUCAACGAUACCGUGGAUUGCGUUCGUUACGAACCAGCCAUUGGGAUGCAUACGAAGAUCUUCCAAGAGAUUAUGCUCGUAUUUUCCAAUUUGACGAUUAUAAAAAGACACGAAGACGUGUUGAAGCAAGUGCGAUGGAAGAAGGUGUUGCUCCUGGAACUCGUGUGCAUGUUUAUUUGGUAAAUGUGCCUCGACAAGCAGCGAUCAGAGCAAGAGCUUUCGUUGAUGCACAAGCUGACAAAGAUACAAUCAAACUUGAACCAUUUAUAGUCUUUGGAUUGCUACGACAUGAACACAAAAAAAGUGUAUUGAACUUUACAGUUGCACGAAACACGGAGUACGAAGCUACGGUGAAAUCCAAGGAUACAUUGAUCCUUUGUCUUGGACCAAGAAGAUUGCGUGUUUGUCCAAUCUUUUCACAACAUGAUCCUGCAAAUGAUGGUCGUCGUGGAACAAACAAUGUACACAGGAUGGAAAGAUAUCUGCACGGAGUUGGCAGUCAAGGAUAUGUUGGAGUUGGAACAGUCGUUGGUCCAAUCACAUUUGGAGGUGCAAAUGUGCCAGCCGUGCUCUUACGAGAGCGUAUCUUAGAUGGUGAAUCAGGUUACGAUCAACGUGGUGUUGGCGCAACUCAAAUGCCUCAUCUUGUCGGCACAGGUAGUUUGUUAGAUGCUGACCCAACCCGAAUCGUUGCUAAGCGUAUCGUUCUGACCGGUCAUCCUUACAAAAUUCACAAAAAGACAUCCACGAUUCGAUUCAUGUUCUUCAAUCCGGAGGAUGUUCGUUACUUUGCUCCAUUGGAAUUACGUACCAAGAUGGGCAGAGUUGGCCAUAUUACCGAAAGUCUUGGUACCCAUGGUUACUUUAAAGCACAUUUCGAUGGCAAAGUGCCUUUGUCACAAGUGGACACCGUUGGAAUGACUUUGUACAAACGCACUUUCCCCAAAUUCUCGGAAGAAUACACACAAUCUCGAAUGGAGAUGCCUUUA